AUGACCUUAUGUGCCUCUUCGUUUUCCGUGCCCGAGUGGAGAAGUGAAUUUCUGAGGUUCCAGCUGCCUUAUUUCCAACGAACAGCGUGGUGCGUUCAGAAGCUGGGAGCUGUUAAUGCAAAUAUUCGACUUUUUUUUGAGCUAGGAGCUGAUUUUUCCCUUUCCUGGUUGCCCCGACAGUGUGCUGGGGAGGAGAAGCGGGUGGGCACGCGCACCGUGGUGGUCGGGCACCGUCCCGUUUCGGAAACAGACGCGUACGUGGCACAGAAGUUCUGCGACAACAGGAUCGUCUCCUCCAAGUACACCCUCUGGAACUUCCUCCCGAAGAACCUUUUUGAGCAGUUUAGAAGAAUUGCCAACUUCUACUUCCUCAUCAUCUUCCUCGUGCAGGUGAUAGUGGACACCCCGACCAGCCCAGUGACCAGCGGCCUCCCGCUCUUCUUUGUCAUCACGGUCACAGCUAUCAAACAGGGCUACGAGGACUGGCUGAGGCACAGAGCUGACAACGAAGUGAACAAAAGCAACGUCUUCAUUGUGGAGAAUGCAAAGCAAGUGCAGAAAGAGAGUGAAAAAAUCAAGGUUGGAGACAUCGUAGAAGUGAAAGCAGAUGAGACCUUCCCCUGUGACUUGAUAUUUUUGGCCUCGAGCAGCGUUGAUGGGACCUGUUACGUGACUACAGCGAGUCUGGAUGGCGAGUCCAAUUUCAAGACUCACUACGCCGUGCGGGACACCACCGUGCUCUGCACGGACGAAGCCAUCGAUGCCCUCACCGCCACCAUCGAGUGCGAACAGCCACAGCCUGACCUCUACAAAUUUGUUGGAAGAAUUAUCAUCUACAGAAGCAACCAAGAGCCUGUAGCCAGGUCUUUGGGUCCUGAAAACCUGUUGCUGAAAGGUGCUACCCUCAAAAACACCAAGAAGAUUUAUGGAGUCGCCGUCUACACCGGGAUGGAAACGAAAAUGGCUUUGAACUACCAAGGGAAAUCUCAGAAACGGUCUGCUGUAGAAAAAUCUAUCAACGCUUUCUUGAUAGUGUAUUUGUGCAUCCUUCUGAGCAAGGCCACGGUGUGCACCACUCUGAAAUAUGUCUGGCAGAGUAAUCCAUUUAACGACGAGCCCUGGUACAACGAGAAGACUAAAAAAGAGAGAGAGACGUUCAAGGUCUUGCGGAUGUUCACGGACUUCUUGUCGUUUAUGGUCCUCUUCAACUUUAUUAUCCCGGUCUCCAUGUACGUUACGGUGGAGAUGCAGAAGUUCUUGGGCUCUUUCUUCAUCUCUUGGGACAAGGAGAUGUACGACGAGGAGAUAAAAGAGGGGGCGUUGGUGAACACCUCGGAUCUGAACGAAGAGCUUGGGCAGGUGGAGUACGUCUUCACGGACAAAACGGGGACGCUGACGGAGAACAGCAUGGAGUUCAUCGAGUGCUGCAUCGACGGGCACAAGUACAAAGACUGCAUUUCGGAGGUGGAUGGCUUCUCGCAGACUGAUGGGCCCCUAAAAUAUUAUGGCAAAGCAGAAAAGAGCCGUGAGGAGCUGUUCCUGCGAGCCCUCUGCCUAUGCCACACCGUCCAGAUCAAGGAGGCAGACCAGGUGGAUGGGCUGAUAGGACAUCCAGAACACAAAUACACCUAUAUCUCCUCCUCCCCAGAUGAAAUAGCUUUGGUGAAAGGCGCAGAAAAGUAUGGUUUCACUUUUCUAGGACUGGAAAACAAUUACAUGAAAAUACGAAACCAAAAGAAUGAAGUGGAAAUGUACCAACUUCUCCAUGUGUUGAACUUUGAUCCUGUCCGUCGCCGUAUGAGUGUCAUUGUGAGAACCACCACAGGGAAGUUGCUUCUCUUCUGUAAAGGAGCAGACUCCUCGAUUUUCCCGAGGGUGCAGCAAGAAGAGAUCCAGCAAACCAAAGUCCACGUGGACCGCAACGCCAUGGAUGGCUACCGCACGCUCUGUGUGGCCUUCAAAGAGCUGACUCAAAAGGAGUACGACAAAAUCGACAGGCAGCUUAACGAAGCCAAGAUGGCUCUGCAGGACAGGGAGGAGAAGAUGGCCAAGGUUUUUGAAGACACAGAAGCAGACAUGCACUUGAUUGGGGCCACCGCUGUAGAAGACAGGCUGCAGGAGCAGUCGGCGGAGACGAUCGAAGCCCUGCACGCGGCCGGCAUGAAGGUCUGGGUGCUGACGGGAGACAAGAUGGAAACGGCCAAAUCCACCUGCUACGCCUGCAGGCUCUUCCAGACCAGCACCGAGCUGCUGGAGCUGACGGCCAAAACGGUGGGUGAGACAGAGAGAAAAGAGGAUCGGCUCCAUGAGCUGCUGAUGGAGUACCAUAAAAAGCUGAUUCAGGACGUUCCCAAAAACCGGGGAGGUCUGAAGAGAAGCUGGACGCUGAGUCAAGAAUACGGCCUGAUUAUAGAUGGCUCGACGCUGUCACUGAUCCUCAACCCUUCUCAGGACUCCAGUUCUAGUAAUUACAAAAACAUAUUUCUCCAAAUCUGCUUGAAGUGUACUGCAGUCCUCUGCUGCCGCAUGGCUCCUCUGCAGAAAGCACAGAUUGUGCGAAUGGUGAAGAACACAAAAGGGAGCCCCAUAACCCUCUCCAUAGGGGACGGCGCGAAUGAUGUUAGUAUGAUUUUGGAAGCCCACGUUGGAAUAGGUAUAAAAGGCAAAGAAGGACGCCAGGCUUCCCGAAACAGCGACUACGCUGUGCCAAAGUUUAAACAUUUAAGAAAAUUGCUACUAGCACACGGGCAUUUGUAUUACGUGAGAAUAGCACACCUUGUACAGUAUUUCUUCUAUAAGAACCUUUGCUUCAUUUUACCGCAGUUUUUAUACCAGUUCUUCUGUGGAUUCUCACAGCAGCCACUGUAUGACGCUGCUUAUCUCACUAUGUACAACAUCUGCUUCACGUCGCUGCCUAUCCUGGCCUACAGCCUGCUGGAGCAGCACAUCAACAUCGACACGCUGACGGCGGAUCCGCAGCUCUACAUGAAGGUUUCGGACAACGCGAUGCUGCAGUGGAAGCCCUUCCUGUACUGGACCUUUCUGGGCGCCUUUGAAGGGCUCGUGUUUUUCUUUGGGGUUUAUUUCCUUUUUCAAAAUUCAUCGUUGGAAGAUAACGGAAAGGUUUUUGGGAACUGGACCUUUGGGACGAUUGUUUUCACCGUGCUGGUGUUCACCGUCACCCUGAAGCUGGCGUUAGAUACUCGAUUCUGGACCUGGAUGAACCACUUUGUCAUUUGGGGCUCUCUGGCCUUCUAUGUGUUUUUCUCGUUCUUUUGGGGAGGAGUCAUUUGGCCUUUCUUGAAGCAGCAAAGAAUGUAUUUUGUAUUUGCCCACAUGCUGACUUCUGUUUCCACGUGGCUGGCAAUAAUUCUCCUGAUCUUUAUCAGCCUUUUCCCAGAAAUUCUUCUAAUAGUUUUAAAAAGUAUAAAAGAGAAAAGUCAUCAGCCUUUUUUUCAGACGGAGCCCUCCAGGAACCAAAUCUUUCCCUUCCCCUUUCUGAGAGUUCCUGUCUGAGGAUGGAGCAACCCGUCGCCCUCCAAACCCAAGGCACGUCUGCUGACAGGAGGGUUGGAAUUAAGGUGAAAUGUCUCGAAAAGGAGUUCUUUUGGGGGGGAAAACGCAGGUUUUCUUGGGCUUGGAUCUUUGGGUAGUGCCCUGGAGCAGCAGAAGAGCUGAUCCUCCUCCUUCAGCCGUGGCAGAAGUGACAUUCUCAUUGCCUUGGGUGACUUGGGAAAUGGAGGGCAAGAGGAGAGCCCUUUUGAGGGGUUGGAGAAGGGGAGAAAAAGCAGUGAUGGUGACAAAGGUGUGAUGGAGGUGGCGGGGAUCCAACAGUGAUGCUGUGAUUGCUGUCCCUGCGCCCCGAUAACGCGCCGCGCCGUUGGGGUGCUGCUGAGCGAGCUCAAAGGUCAGUACAGGCUUUUCGGUGGAAAAACUUGAAGGAAAAAAAAGGCUGGGUUUUGUUUUUCAUGCUAAUUUUCAUGAUAGUCAGUUUAAUCACUGGCUAGCGACACUGAAAGAUAAGAAAAGUAAUUAAGAUUCCCCUCUAAAACCUUCUAAAAACGAAGGAACUUGGUGUAGUCAUAGCUGCUUCUCAAAAAACUAACCCUAAUUAUUAUGAGAAUGUUAUAAAUGACUUGGAAUCGCAUAAAAGCUUCAAAUUGAAUUCGUAUACACACAGUUGAAAAAACUUUUCCUAACACUGCACCAUUUAUCCAGUUUCCCAGCUAUGGAAUAAUUUUUUUUUUAUUUUUUUUUUUUUGAAACCAUGUAGUACAUAGAAAGUGUAAAUUAUAUACAGGCAAUGAGAAGAUACAUUUUGCAGCUUCUUGCAAAAAAAAAAAAAAAGAAAAAAAAAGAAAAAAAAAAAAAGGACUGCAACCUUACAUUUUUUUCACUUAAA